AUUCCUUGCUUACAAUAGAUCAUGACCUUAGUAAAAUUAAAGAUUAGGUAAAUACUAACCAUCAACAAUCCAUCAUGCAUACUUUAAAGUAGGAUAAGAAUACAAACACUAACAUAUGGUUGUAAACACUAGCAAAAAUUGUGAUUGGCCCCACACAUCUAAUUGAAUGGCCUAAAAACACCUCAUUAUCCACACCUUACCAAAAUCAUGACCAUUGAUUUUAGUGAAAAAUAUGAAAUAAAAAUAUGAUCCAUUACUAUAAGUUAAACCUUCAAAGAGUUUCAUAACCCUCUCGCUUCAAGUGGUUUUUUCAUACAUAUAACUCUAACUUUGGGAAGCCAAGUACACUUAUAAUACAAACAUUAACAAUGGCUUCCUCUAUGCUUUCCAACGCCGCCAUUGCGGCCACCGCCGGUGCUCAAGCUCGCAUGGUGGCUCCCUUUAAUGGAUUGAAAUCUUUUGUUGCUUUUCCUGUCACUAAGAAGUCUAGCAAAGACUUUUCUUCCCUUCCUACCAAUGGUGGAAGAGUCCAAUGCAUGCAGGUAUGGCCACCAGUUGGUAAGAAGAAGUUUGAGACCUUGUCUUACCUUCCACCUCUAAGUGACACACAAUUGUUGGCUCAAGUUCAAUACCUUCUCAACAAGGGAUGGAUUCCUUGCAUUGAAUUCGAGUUGGAACACCCAUUUGUUUACCGUGAGAACCACAGGUCACCAGGAUAUCAAGAUGGACGUUACUGGACUAUGUGGAAGUUGCCCAUGUACGGGUGCACUGACCCUGUCCAGGUGGUGAAUGAGGUCGAGGAAGCCAAGAAGGCUUACCCUACCGCCUUCAUCAGAAUCAUUGGAUUUGACAAUAUUCGUCAAGUGCAAUGCGUUAGUUUCAUUGCCUUCAAGCCUGCAAGCUUCUAAGUUGUUUUUAAUAUUUUUUCCUGCAAUCUUAUUCUAUUUUUGAAUUCUAUAUGUACUUAUUCAAGAGAUUUCUUGUUUUAAUAUCCUUAAGGAAAACAUAAUAUUGAAGACAUGUUUUAUUUGGUGUGUAAA